AUGGGAAUAGAUCAAGAUGGGGCUGCUAUUCUAGUGCUACAGGAUCUCUCAGCUGCAUUCGAUACCAUCGACCACAAGAUAUUCCUUUCAACUUUGGAAGAGUUAUGCAUUGGUGAUUGUGCGAUCUCUGUAAGCAAGGAAGCCCGGAAUCUGGGUGUGAUAUUCGACUCGUGCCUGAACAUGGAAUCGCAUAUCAAUAGCGUCUGCAAGCGUGCGUACUUCCAUAUUCACAAUAUCAGCAUGAUCAGGAGGUAUCUCGAUGUCAAGACCACCUCAGCUCUUAUCCAAGCCUUCAUCAUGCCGAGACUUGAUUACUGCAACUCGCUGCUGUUUGGAACAUCUGAGCAUCUACUUGGCAAGCUUCAGCGUGUGCAGAACACUGCAGUGAGGGUGAUAGCCCGUCACCAGAAAUACGACCACAUCACCCCUGUACUCCACAGCCUACACUGGUUGCCAGUCAGAUACAGGAUCCAGUACAAAAUACUGUUGUUAGUGUUCAAGUGUGUGAAUGGACUUGCCCCCAGCUACCUUUCAAAUCUUCUUAAAAAACACUACCCUCCCAGAUCCUUACGGUCUGGUUCCCAGUAUUUCUUGGAGGUACCAACCACCCGAACAAAUACAUUUGGCGACCGUUCAUUCGCAAAAGCUGGUCGAGAAAUGUGGAACAGUCUACCUAUGAACCUGAGAUCGCAAGAGAAUCUACCAGCAUUUAAGUCACAACUGAAAACUCAUUUGUUCAGUACUGCCUACCGAACUUGA